UUUUGCGUGUGUGCACGGAUUGACAACAAUUGAACAACAAUAACACAAAAAAAUGUACCAACGUCAGGUUUCCUUUGAUAAGCCCACACGCGUUGAGGACUCCGCCUAUAUAGUCGAGGGUGUUGAUAUACAGGAGGCUCGCAAUACAUGUCUGCUAUUCUCACCCAAGGACUCGUCCUUGUCGAGCGGUGCCUUGGCCAAUACAUUGAACAUUUUCAAGAAGCACGACAUCAAUUUGGUUCACAUUGAAUCCCGCUCUUCGUUGCGUGUACCCGGCUAUGAGUUCUUUGUUGAAUGCGAUGGCAAAUCCGGAGCUUUGGGCAAGGCCAUUGAGGAUUUGAAGCAGCAAUGCAGCUAUUUUAAUAUCAUUUCGCGCGAUUACAAGGAUAAUGCUACUGCAGUGCCAUGGUUUCCACGGCGUAUACGCGAUUUGGAUCGUUUCGCCAAUCAGAUUUUAAGCUAUGGCGCCGAAUUGGAUUCCGAUCAUCCGGGAUUCACUGAUCCCGAAUACCGUAACCGUCGUAAAUAUUUCGCCGACAUUGCCUACAAUUAUAAGCACGGGGAGCCGCUACCCCAUGUUGACUACAACAAGGAGGAGAUUGAAACUUGGGGCAUUAUCUUUAGGAAUUUGAGUAAAUUGUACAAGAGUCAUGCUUGCAGAGAAUACAAUCAUGUCUUUCCCUUGCUGGUCGACAAUUGUGGCUUCCGUGAGGAUAAUAUACCUCAACUGGAGGAUGUGUCCAACUUCUUGAGAGAUUGCACUGGCUUUACUCUGCGCCCCGUUGCUGGUUUGCUUAGCUCUCGCGAUUUUCUUGCUGGUCUUGCAUUUAGGGUCUUCCAUUCCACGCAAUAUAUCAGACAUCCCAGCAAACCCAUGUACACUCCCGAGCCGGAUGUCUGUCACGAACUGUUGGGCCAUGUGCCGCUCUUUGCAGAUCCAGCAUUCGCUCAAUUCAGUCAGGAAAUUGGACUGGCCUCAUUGGGUGCCCCCGAUGACUACAUUGAGAAACUGUCCACGAUCUUCUGGUUCACUGUGGAAUAUGGCCUGUGCCGUCAGGAGGGUGAACUGAAGGCCUAUGGCGCUGGCUUGCUUUCCUCUUAUGGCGAAUUGGAAUAUUGUCUAACCGAUAAGCCACAAUUGAAGGACUUUGAGCCCGAAGUCACUGGCAUUACCAAAUAUCCGAUAACACAGUUCCAGCCCUUGUAUUAUGUGGCUGAUAGUUUUGAAAGUGCCAAGGAAAAGACUAUUAAAUUUGCCAAUUCUAUACCACGUCCGUUUGGAGUUCGUUAUAAUGCCUAUACCCAAAGUGUUGAGGUCUUGGAUUCAAAGCCGCAAAUUUCCAACUUGAUGGACAACAUAAAUUCCGAAUUUCAGAUUCUACAGAAUGCCAUUGCCAAGCUGCGUGUCUGAAGGAAACGAAAACCCUUAUACUUUUUGAUUUUCUCUCUUAUGCAUUAUUUUUUUUUUAUACCUUUAUAUAUAUAAUAUACACAUAUACAUUAAAAUUAAGCCUUGCUGGUAUACUUCUUUGAAACAAAAAUAAAUGUAUACACUUACAUUAUAUUCUCAA